AUGGGGGGGCGGAGCCACCGCGGUUGCCGCCGUAGCUCCGGCCGGGAUUUGAAAGAUUAAAAACUCCGGGUGGAGAGGGCGGCGGCGUUGAAUGUGUAGCGGAAGCGCUGGGGGCCACGGCUCCGCUCCGGGCCGGGCAGCCGGCAGCGUCUCCACACCAUGAAUUUCCCGGGCCACGAGUCCCCGCGGAGCCCUGAGCAUAACGGCCGGGGCAGCGGCGCCGCCGCCUGGGAGCUGAGCUCGGAUGCGGAGCCGGCGUUCGGUGGCAGCGUCUGCUGCUUCGACCACCUGCCGGGCAGGGACCCGGGCGACGGCGAGGUGCCCCUGGCCCUCUUCCGCGGGGAGCCGGCGCUGCACUUGGCGCCUGGCACAGACGACCACGGUCACCACUUGGUGCUGGACCCCUGCCUCAGUGACGAGAACUAUGACUUCAGCUCAGCCGAGUCAGGCUCCUCGCUGCGCUACUACAGCGAGGGCGAGAGCGGCGGCGGUGGCAGCUCCUCGUCCCUGCACCCGCCGCAGCAGCCGCCACUGGUGCCGUCGAAUUCGGGGGGCGGCGGGGCAGCGGGAGGGGGUCCCGGGGAGAGGAAGCGCACCCGGCCGGCCGGCGCGGCCUCCCGGCACCGCUACGAGGUGGUGACGGAGCUGGGCCCGGAGGAGGUGCGCUGGUUCUACAAGGAGGACAAGAAGACCUGGAAGCCCUUCAUCGGCUACGACUCGCUCCGCAUCGAGCUCGCCUUCCGGACCCUGCUGCAGGCCACGGGCGGUCGACCCCAGGCCGAGGACCCGGGCGGCGACCAUGUGUGCGGCCCGGCCUCCAGCUCAGGGGGAGACGACGACGAGGACCGCGUCUGCGGCUUCUGCCCGCGCACGGGAAGGCACGAGCCCGAGAUGGAGGAGCUGGUGAACAUCGAGCGGGUGUGUGUGCGGGGCGGCCUCUACGAGGUGGAUGUGACCCAAGGAGAAUGCUACCCGGUGUACUGGAACCAGGCCGAUAAAAUACCAGUAAUGCGUGGACAGUGGUUUAUCGAUGGUACUUGGCAGCCUCUAGAAGAAGAAGAAAGUAAUUUAAUUGAGCAAGAACAUCUCAAAUGUUUUAGAGGUCAUCAGAUGCAGGAAAGUUUUGAUCUUGAAGUGUCAAAAUCUGUAGAUGGAAAAGACGCUGUUCAUAGUUUCAAGUUGAGUCGAAACCAUGUGGACUGGCACAGUGUGGAUGAAGUAUAUCUUUAUAGUGACGCAACAACAUCUAAGAUUGCAAGAACAGUUACCCAAAAACUAGGAUUUUCUAAAGCAUCAAGUAGUGGGACCAGACUUCAUAGAGGUUAUGUAGAAGAAGCCACAUUAGAGGACAAGCCAUCACAGACUACGCAUAUUGUAUUUGUUGUCCAUGGCAUUGGGCAGAAGAUGGACCAAGGAAGAAUUAUCAAAAAUACAGCCAUGAUGAGAGAGGCUGCUAGAAAAAUAGAAGAAAGGCAUUUUUCCAACUAUGCAACGCAUGUUGAAUUUCUACCUGUUGAGUGGCGGUCAAAACUUACUCUUGAUGGAGACACUGUUGAUUCCAUUACUCCUGACAAAGUACGAGGUUUAAGGGAUAUGUUGAACAGCAGUGCAAUGGACAUAAUGUAUUAUACUAGCCCACUUUAUAGAGAUGAACUAGUUAAAGGCCUUCAGCAAGAGCUGAAUCGAUUAUAUUCCCUUUUCUGUUCUCGGAAUCCAGACUUUGAAGAAAAAGGGGGUAAAGUCUCAAUAGUGUCACAUUCAUUGGGAUGUGUAAUCACUUAUGACAUAAUGACUGGCUGGAAUCCAGUUCGACUCUAUGAACAGUUGCUGCAGAAGGAAGAAGAAUUGCCUGAUGAACGAUGGAUGAGCUAUGAAGAACGACAUCUUCUUGAUGAACUCUAUAUAACAAAACGACGGCUGAGAGAAAUAGAAGAACGGCUACAUGGAUUGAAGGCAUCAUCUAUGACACAAACACCUGCCUUAAAAUUUAAGGUUGAGAAUUUCUUCUGCAUGGGCUCUCCAUUGGCAGUUUUCUUGGCAUUGCGUGGCAUUCGCCCAGGAAACAGUGGAAGUCAAGACCAUAUUUUGCCCAGAGAGAUUUGUAACCGGUUACUAAACAUUUUUCACCCUACAGAUCCAGUGGCUUAUAGAUUAGAACCAUUAAUACUGAAACACUACAGCAACAUUUCACCUGUCCAGAUCCACUGGUAUAAUACUUCCAACCCUCUACCUUAUGAGCAUAUGAAGCCAAGCUUUCUCCAUCCAGCAAAAGAAGCUACCUCAGUUUCAGAGAACGAAGGCAUUUCAACAAUACCAAGCCCUGUGACCUCACCAGUCUUGUCCCGCCGACACUACGGAGAAUCUAUAACAAAUAUAGGCAAAGCAAGCAUAUUAGGAGCUGCUAGCAUUGGAAAGGGACUUGGAGGAAUGUUGUUCUCAAGAUUUGGACGUUCGUCUACAUCACAACCAUCUGAGACAUCAAAAGACUCAAUGGAAGAUGAGAAGAAGCCAGUUGCCUUUCCUCCUGCUACCACUAUGGCCACACAGACCCUUCCACAUAGCAGUUCUGGCUUUCUUGAUUCUGCAUAUUUCAGACUUCAGGAAUCGUUCUUUAAUCUCCCACAACUUCUUUUUCCGGAAAAUGUAAUGCAGAAUAAAGAUAAUACCCUCGUGGAACUGGAUCACAGAAUUGAUUUUGAACUCAGAGAAGGCCUUGUGGAGAGCCGCUAUUGGUCAGCUGUCACAUCACAUACUGCCUAUUGGUCAUCCUUGGAUGUGGCCCUCUUUCUUUUAACCUUCAUGUACAAACAUGAGCACGAUGAUAAUGCAAAACCCAACUUAGAUCCGAUCUGAACUCUUGAAGGACAUUAAUAAUGGCCCCAAACUGAUUUUCUUCUGUUAAAAUAUGUGUGUCAAGAUAUGGAAAUUUCAGGUUUAAGUAUGUUUCAGUUUUGUUUAGGGCAAGAAAUAUUUUAAUUUAAAAGCACUUUAUUUUAUUUUUAAAACUUUUUUUUUUUCAGUCCGAAAGAAGUUAUUUUCAGUUUUCAUCAUUAUAAUUAUGAGUCUAACAGAACCCCCUGGAGAAUCAAGCAAGACCUGGAAAUAAGGAAGGUUUGAGUGAACUGCAAGGUUAUAAAUCACAAUCUAAUUUCUCCCAAAUAUAAAGGCAUAUUAAUGGGUUGAAUCUAAUGUAUUAACCAAAAUAUGUUACAAAUCUAAAAUGGUCAAGGUCUAGUGUAUUCUAUGUAAAGAUCCCAAGAUGGCAUCAUUGUUUUAGAUUUCUAUGAAAGCCUCCAUUUCCACAGUUCCUUUAAUAGAGUAUAACAAACGUAAAGUGUUUUGAAUUUAACUUGAGAAGAACUAAUGCUAAAAUACAAACAAUAUUUGAACUACUGUAUUUAUAAUUUAUUACCUCUGACCAGUUGCUUUAUUUCAAUGUAUGAAACAUUACUUUUUUUAAUGUUUCCUUUGAACAAUUUAAGAACCACAUUUUUUUCCUAUAGUGUUAAGAUCCUUUUUUCUCAGAGCUUCAUCUUUGUACUCUUCAGAUGAAUAUAUAGACACUGUGGCAUACUUUGAGUAUUUUUUUCAUCAAAAAAUUUUAGUUCCACACAAGUUACACUAGUUCAAUUAUUUUGGAAAAAUAGGAACUUUUUAUUAUGUCACAUGUACCUCAGAGCUAAAAUUUUCUAAACUCAACACAAAGUACUCCAUAAUGGGUACAACUCAUUAACUAUGGAAAAUUUAGUACAUCUUUGGAGUAGAAAAUAUGACAACUUUUAAAUAUAUAAACAUCUAUGUGCCAAACAUCAUAUAUAAAGAGAUAGAGUGCCACUAACAAAUUUUCAAGUGUUUAAGAAAACAUCAUUGAAACAUAAGGCACAAUAGAUCAGGAUUUCUAGGCAUUGGAAGAGUUUUCCUCAGCUGUAAUUAUUUCCACAGUGCUUUUCAUCUGAGGAGCUCAAAGUGCUUUAAGAGUCAAUAAUCUAUGUAGUAGCUCCUUGAGGUAAGUAAAUGAGUGUUAUUCUCACGUUACAUGUUAAUAUAUUAAGGCACUGAAACAGUUAAAGUGCCUUAAAUUAGAUUACAAAGCAAGUCAGAAAAGCUCAGACUGAAGCCAGACCAUGUUCUUUUAUAUGCCAUUUAGUGACUAAUAAUUCACAUUACCUCUUAGUAGUUUGCAAACCAUAAUAAUAACAGAAGUUGCGACUCAUAAUUUAGAGAAAUGACUGUGAAGCCAGUGUUUUACCUUGCUUGUCUUAUACAUUCUUGGGUUCUCACACACAAAGGAGUUACUUAGAGGGAAUCAGUAGCCAUCUCUUCCACAACCAACCCUCACUUCUGAGUGGCUUCCACUAGGUUCCACUUAAGGUGCUGGCUUUGCUUAUCUUACAAGGAUUUUUCUUAGCUUCCCAGUAAUCGUCGUCAAACUGGGUAUGAAGUUGGUUAGUCGCACAUCUCACCUACUCCUUUCUUUACAAGAGAGUGGAAUCUGUGGCUUACUUGUAGGUUUUACUCAGCACCAUCAGUCCUCUUGUCUGUUUUGGCCUUUUAUUGGAUUUGCAAAACAUAAAGCACUUCUUUUUAGUGUUUAAAAAGAUCCCAAGGCUCCAUGACCAAAUAUGUGUCUCAGUAAGAAACUCUUGCUAUAAAAGGCUUUUGAUGAGAUCUUAGCAAAGCUGAAGCAAUCUCUUUUGAAUUUAGAGAUUCCUGUGAACUCAGGUCAUUUUCAUACCCUGUUUAUUUCAUAGGUCCAGUGUAGUUCUCAGGAAAAUUAAAACUCAUGCAGCCGUAUUAUUAAAGGUACUUGAGCAUGUGUUGCCAUGGGUGGUAUGACACUCAAACGCCUAAGAGCUUUAAGGAAUUCAUUCUUAACCACUAGAAUGUGAAGAGCCCUUUUUACCUGAGAGGAGUGAAAGUCUAUCAAACCUUUUAAUUGGACAUUGAAUAAAAAGAAAAUUAUAUUCCUGUAACUAUAGGAAUAUAUCUGCUUCCCUUUUUUCACAUUGAGAAAACAAAAUCAAAUUUAGCCACAUGGAGUUUGAGUUCUUGAAAAGAGCAACAUUCACAACCCCAUUUUCAAAUGAAAUAAACUGGAUUACUGGACAGGUGUUUUUUCAGUUCGUUGCUUCAUCAAUAUAGAUGGCGGUUUUGAUUUUACAGUACUCUUCUUAUUUCCAUGCCUCUGCAUGUUAUCAUGGAAUGUACUUGUAUAUACUCAAGUAAUAUACAGAGUAUGUGUAAUUCUGGCUUGAUUUAGAAGCUAAGUCAGUUACUGAGUAACAUUUUGCAACUUUAUUCCAGCAAGUACUAAAUUGGCCAAAAAGUUCUGUUUUUGAUACCAUUAAAAUUUUAUUCUCUA